AUGCCGCCAUGGAGCACUGUGGCGCCGGAACCGCGAAGCAGACUCGAGAACUGGCCGACUCUGCUCUUCUCUUGGUGGUGUACCGGUUUCGCUGCAGUCAUCAUCCUUGUCCGCCUCAAUGGACGUAAGACUCGAAGCAAUGUACUCUUCCGAGAAGACUGGCUUAUUAUGGCCGCUCUCAUACCGUUGUUCGUACGGAUGGCGUUUAUACAUGUGGUGUUGCAAUAUGGAACGAACAACAUUCAGACAGUGGGGCAUACCUUUACCAGCAAACAGCUUGAGCAUCGUAGCGUUGGUGCACGGCUGGUGCUCUGCGCAAGGAUAUUCUACGCCAUGUUCAUUUGGACCAGCAAGCUCACCGUGAGCGAGUUUUUAAAACGCAUUACAGUUAGAACUUGGCGGAAGAGCUACGAGUUGACCCUGCAAGGCAUCCGCGUCUUCUUGUUCGUCACCUUCUUCGCUGUCGUCAUUGCAACGCUUGCGGAGUGUCACCCUUUCGACCAUUAUUGGCAAAUCAUACCGGACCCUGGGCCUCAAUGUCGACUCGGAUAUGCACACCUCUUCACCAUGGGUAUUUGCGAUAUCAUCACAGACAUCCUGUUGAUCGCGUUUCCGAUUCCUAUCGUUAUCAGGAGUGGGCAAAACUGGAGGCGCAAGACACAGCUCGCGAUACUGUUCUCGCUUUCUGCGAUCAUGAUCGCGGUCACGGCCACCAGGAUACCAAUGGUCAUAGCCAAGGAUGGCCGUCAGCAAUAUCGGACUGUGUGGGCAUCGUGCGAGAUUCUGGCGUCGACAGCGGUCUCCAAUGGAAUCAUUAUCGGCUCCUUUCUCCGCGACAAAGGCACGAAGAAGAACAAGUACAGAUCACAAAGUGUGACCGACAGCAUUGACGGAGCGUCAGGUCGACGACCGACUGUGGUUGCGCUUCAACAAUGCGGAAGCGAUGAAGAUCUGUUCCGCGCAAUCGGCUGUCGAGUACCCGACCAUCUCCGAGACGAGCCAGAUGCAAUCGUAAGACCAGCCCCUGCUGCACUUCCCGCGAAGCCAACGAAAAGAAGAGAUGGUCGGUCACAUUCCGAAACGCCAAGGCACGAGAUGCAGCAGCAACCAACCCGCAUUCUGAAGGAUAGCGACGAGUCGCUGCAAAGUCAAACCAACCGAGCCGGCUCGCUACCCUCGCCAGCGCCAUCGACGAAGCGGAGUGUAAGCUUCUUCGAUGUAGGCGGCCUGUUGGAUGACGGCGCACCAUCUUGGGACACGCGCUCACGUUCAACCACAUUGGUGAGCUCUGAGGCUUCGGGAACCAUGGCCCAGGAUUUCGCCCCGACACCAGAGCAAUCGCGGCGAGGCUCUCGUGCCCUUGUGCAGGACAUUGGUGGCGUUCUCUCUCCGACCGCAAGUCGUAACGGUACUAUCACCAAUGGCUUCCACCGAAGGCAUUCGCAUGCACAACAGACUCUACAGCGCCAUCGACAGGGCCAUACCGUGCGUAUGCGGCCACAUAUGGCACGAUCACCAACCGAGCAGAGCCUGCAAGAUGUUGGCGGACUGCUAUCUGAGGGGCAUGAACCUGACGCAAGUGCUGCUUCCCUUGAAAGAGCCGCUGAAGGACAGCAAGAGCGACCAUACACCGGUACAGCGCCAAGACCUCGGCGACAUCGAGCGGACGAGCUGACCUUGCACGACCCCGGCGGUCUCUUAAGCUGA